UAGGAGCCUCCACCAUCAACACGGCCACGGCCGGGAUUUUAGCUCCGUUUGCAAAACGAGAAACGAUUCCAGAUUAGAAAACCCUAAUUUUCCUCCACUAUCUUAAGGGGGUUGUUCUGUUCCUUGAUAUGCACGUUUCCCCUCUUUAAUAUCCUCCAAACCUUAAAUUCUUCUUUUUACAUAGACUUCCCCUUUGUUCUUAUUAAGGUACUCUCUCUCUCUCUCUCUAUCUCCAUCGUUCUUCUGGUCAGAGAGGACGAGCACGGUGCGUGAUCUCUUCUCUUUGGCCGUUUGAUUUCUGCAUGAUGGUGACGACCUCAACCAAAGGAAGACCAGACAACCAGAGCCUCUCCGGAUCCAGACCCCUUAGCCGAAAGCCGAAGCCUGCAGGGUUGUCUGAACACAGCGCAAGCCCUGAUGGGCCGGAUCACAAACAGGGGAAACCUUUGCCUAACUAUCUCAAAGCGACGAUAAGCUCGAGACCUGACCCUGUCAGGCACUUGAAAAAGGGCAUCGACGACCACCAGAAGCUCCUUCGUAGGCGAUCCUUUGAUCGCCCUCCGUCUUCUUUGUCUUCCCCUUCAACUUCAUCCCCACGAGACAAGCCCCUCACGGGUGGAAACAAAAACACCAUUAGAGGAGGUGGUAUGGUGAAAUCACCUCCCUCAGCUCCAAAAGACUCGGACGGUACGAAGAAGAGCGGCCCGAGAACUAGUCGUCUUUCCUUGCACAGCAGAAAGGAACGUUCUUCCUCGAAUGUUUCCUCGGAUAAAGAAAUCUCCCGAGAAUCUUCUCCUCCUACACCCCCUGCUCACGAGGAGGAACACGAGAUAGUUAAGAUCGAGACCGAUGUACAAAUGUCUGAUGAUAGAGAGGGACCAAAGUCAGAAGAUAAAGAAAUGCAAGCGGAGGAAAGUGAUCAAACCGAUGCAUCCCCUCUUUUAGUUCAUUCUCUUGAUGCCACCAAAGAAGAAAAAGAAGAAGUGAUCGAUGACGAUAAAACGGUGGAGGAAAUAGAGGAAGCGAAGGCACCCAAGGACAACCUAGACGGCAAUGGUGAAGGAGAGGAACUGGUUAACACGAAAGUUGGCGAGGAGAGAAGUGAUGAAGUUGCCAUUGAUGUGAAAGAAACUCCGACUCUCAAAGACAGCGCAGAAGAAGAGAAAGCCGGCGAGAAAGAACAGAAGCAGGAAAGUGAAAGCAGAAGCGGCGUCAAAGAUGCAACAUCGGAAACAAAGGCUGCAGUAACAGAAACACCAGAGGGGACAAAGAGAGAAGUGGUGCAAGGGAAGAAGGAGGCUCGGUCAGACUACAACGACGUAAUAGAGAAAACUGCAAGUAAGCUGCUUGAGAACAGGAAGAACAAGGUCAAGGCUCUGGUCGGAGCCUUUGAAACCGUUAUUGACUAUGAAACUGCGGCAUCUAAGUGAUAUAUAUAUAUAUAUAUAUAUAUCAAUAUCUUGAUUGUCUUUGUGUUUUUCGAAAAACAUGAACUGUCUUUUUAUUUUAUUCUUCUCUCUUUUGAUUGGAACAAAAUGAUGAUUCACAUGUACAAUGCAUCUGUUUGAAUGGAUUGGAUGUAUCUGUGUAUAUGUGUAUAAUGAUGAGUGAAUUUCUAGCUU